AUGCUGGAGUCGAACAUGAAUCGGGUGGAGCGGCUGCUGCACUACACGGCCACCCCGCCCGAGGCCCCACUCGCCCUCGCCCGCGGGCAGCGCUGGGACCCCAAGCUCCGCCAAAUCGUCAGCACCACCGGUGUUGACGUGGAGGAGGGACUCGAGGCCGGCGACGAUGAGGAGGAGCAGUGGCCGACGGAGGGGCGGAUCGAGUUCCGCGACGUAUGGAUGCGCUACCGCGACGAGCUCGGCCACGUCCUCAAGGGCAUCGACCUCUCGUCGCUGAUCAACGCCCUGUUUCGGCUGAUCGAGCUCGACCGGGGCCAGAUCCGGGUCGACGGCCGCGACAUCGCCGCGCUCGGGCUGCACCGCGUGCGGUCGGCGCUGGCCAUCAUCCCGCAGGACCCGGUCCUCUUCUCGGGCUCGGUGCGCUCCAACGUCGACCCGUUCGGCCGGCACGCGGACCAGGCCGUGUGGCGCGCGCUCGACAAGGUGGGCCUGCGCGCCUUUGUCGCGGCCCAGCGCCUGGGGCUCGACGCCAAGCUGACGGCCGGCGGCCACAACCUGUCGGUCGGCCAGCGGCAGCUCGUGUGCAUGGCACGCGCGCUGCUGUGCGACGAGGCGCGGGUGCUGGUGCUGGACGAGGCGACGGCGAGCGUGGACAACCGGACCGACCGGGCCAUACAGGACACCCUGCGGCGCGAGUUCGCGGGGCGCACGGUGGUGGUUAUCGCCCACCGCCUCCACACCGUCAUCGAGAUGGACCGCAUCAUCGUGAUGGACGAGGGGCGGGUGGUGCAGUACGGGAAGCCGUGGGAGCUGCUGGAGGCGAACGAGGGACCAUUCGCGCGGCUGGUCGAGCAGACCGGCGCCGUGACCGCCCAGUACCUGCGCGCCAUGGCCCGCCAGCACCACUCGGGCGAUGGCUCUUCUGCUUCUUCUUCUUUCUCUUCGACCGCCACCACCAUCACUUCACCACCACCUCCGCCCGUGGACUUGCUCGGCUGA